UGCUGAGAAGAAUCGAUGUGCGAUCAGUACUUACGUUACUACGUUAGUGUCCGUUUACAACGCAACAAAUAAUUCGCAUAAUACUAAUUAUUAUUAUUUAAAUACUAAUUAUCACCAGCUAAUGCGGUUAACCUAUAACCUAUAUACGUCACUUAAUAAUAGUUUUUUUUAUUGUAAUCGUACAAAAAUUAAUUCUUUAAAUAGUAGUUAGUUUUAAAAUUGUAUUAUAUCUACUCGCAAUACGGUAUUUCUGUGUGAAUCGCGUGUGACUAUUCCGUCUUUUCGUCUCCUUGUCAAGAAACAAAAAGUUACUCUAAAUAAUAUUCAUCAAUAUCAUAAACCAUUGUACCAUGAUAUUACUACAAAAUUUUAUCUGUAUGGCAUUCGUGAUUGGUGUGGCAAUUGCUCAAUCUGAAAAUGAAUGCCGUACACCAAAUCAUGAGAAUGGUGUUUGUAUUGAUAUUAGAAAUUGCACAAAGUUAAUAUUGCUACUACAUGACCCAAAUACCACUGAAUCUGAUUUGAUACUUGUUCGCAAUUCAAUUUGUGGAUUUGAAGGUAAAACUUCAAAAGUUUGCUGCCCUUUGGAAAAUACAAUUCCAAAGGAUACAUUAUCAUCACAAAUGACGUGUGGACAAAGGCAGCUUUCUACUGAUCGAAUAAUUGGAGGGAGUCAAUCUCAAUUAGGUGCUUGGCCUUGGAUGGUAGCUCUUGGUUAUCGAAAUUUAAAUAUAAAUAAUAAUUUUCUACAGUGGCUGUGCAGUGGAACGCUAAUCACGAAUACAUAUGUAUUAACAUCUGCCGAAUGCGUAAGAGAUCGCGUUAAUAUAAGACUGACCACGGCGCGAUUAGGUGAAUUAAAUUUGGAUCCUAGCGUCAAUGACGGCGCCACUCCGUUAGAUAUUCCGAUUAAACAUAUUAUAAUACACGAAGGGUACAACCCUGAAGGGGUUUCUAAUGAUAUAGCAUUACUAAAAUUAAGCCAUAGUGUUGCUUACACUGAAUUGAUCCAACCAAUCUGUUUGCCGCUGUCAUCGGAUGUGAGAAACAUUAAUUUGAGAGCAAUUGAUAUGCCGUUUGUUGCUGGUUGGGGUUCCAUCAAGCCUUCAUCAGUUUCAAGCGAACAACGCAAUACAUAUUUGAUGGAAGCUCAAAUUUCAAUAACGAAUACCACUUACUGUAAAUAUUUAUAUGAGAAAAACAAUAUUGUAAUCGAUGACAAAAUUAUAAUAUGCGCUGGACAUUCGAAGGGAGGAAAAGAUGCUUGUCGAGGUGACUCUGGCGGACCUAUGAUGUUUUUCAUCCAAGAUCAAUACUAUUUGAUGGGCGUAGUAUCUCGUGGACCUAAAUUAUGUGGCGAACCAGGUUACCCAGGACUUUACACAAGAGUGUCUAGUUUUAUCGACUGGAUCGUUAGAAGACUGGACAGCAGCUAAAUAUAAGAAAUUGGAACUCUUUAAAUGUUAAUAGGCUAUAUCGUAGAUAAAUAAAACAUGUACCUAGGUCACGAUGAUCCAGACCCAAACUUAAUGAUUAAACGGUGCCUCAAAUCACAAAUAUUUUUUAAAAUGAAAUGGUUAUAAUAUAAUAUUACAAUAUUUAAGCAUAAGGCCUAUGGUCCAGUAUACCUAUUUAGUUAUUUUUCAUUUAAUAAUAAACGUAUAAUUCAGUUGAA